AACAACCUAACAAUCAACGAACAACCAAAUUGCCAUUCAACCACGCCCGGCGCAUUGGAUAGCUCUUUCUCAAGUCUCAAAGGGCUAUGAAUUAUAUGAUGCUAUGAGCAACUGAGAAACACCACAACCCUGAUAAUCACCAUGCAAAUGGAUACAGAUUCUUCUGCAACAACAACAUCUUCAACCCUAACUUCAAUCACUUCUCCUUCUUCAUCCCCAAACAAUUCUCCUCUUCCAAUCAAUCCCACCCCACAAACCCCAAUUCAAUGGCCACAAAACGGAACCCUAACCCAAGAUUGGGUUUUAAAUCUCAUGGCAUCUUUCGAUUGGUCUUCUCGUAAUCUUAAACCUUCCGAUCUUCCUUCUGUUCUUCCGGUUCCAGAUUUCGAUAAAUUGAUCCUUUGUGGGUCUAAAAUUCUUCAUAAGGAACCUAAUUGUGUUAGAAUUGACGAUGUUUCUUCCGAUUCAAAGGUUGUUGUUGUUGGAGAUGUUCAUGGACAGUUGCAUGAUGUGAUAUUCCUGUUAAAUGAUGCUGGGUUUCCUUCUGAUAAUCGAUUUUUUGUCUUCAAUGGUGAUUAUGUUGAUCGAGGUGCGUGGGGGCUUGAAACUUUUUUGUUGCUCCUUGCUUGGAAGAUACUUUUACCAAAUAGAGUAUUCCUUCUACGUGGAAAUCAUGAGUCCAAAUAUUGCACUGGUGUUUAUGGUUUUGAGCAAGAAGUUAUGACAAAGUAUGGGGAUCAAGGGAAGCAUGUUUAUCGCAAGUGUUUAGGUUGCUUCGAAGGUCUUCCUUUGACGACUGUAAUCGCAGGUCGUGUGUAUACAGCUCAUGGAGGACUUUUCAGGAGUGUAACUGCUCCUCCUUCUAAGAGAAAGAAAGGAAAGAAAAGAAAUCGCAAGAUGGACACUAGUACGGAAGAAGACUCUGAUGGCAAGCUGUCACUUGGCUCGUUUGAGGAAUUAUCUAAAGCUAGGAGAUCAGUUCUAGAUCCUCCUUGGGAAGGUUCAAACUUGAUACCUGGUGAUGUGUUGUGGUCUGAUCCUUCAAUGGCUCCUGGACUUUCACCAAAUAUGGAGAGGGGCAUCGGGCUUUUGUGGGGUCCUGAUUGCACUGAGAAAUUUUUGAAGACGUUCGAUUUAAAGUUGAUUAUUAGAUCACACGAGGGUCCUGAUGCUAGGGAAAAACGAUCGGGUCUUGGUGGAAUGGACCAUGGCUACACAAUUGAUCAUGUUGUAGAGUCUGGAAAGCUAAUCACUUUGUUCAGUGCUCCAGACUACCCACAGUUUCAGGCAACAGAGGAGAGGUAUAAAAAUAAAGGAGCAUAUAUUGUGCUGGAGCCUCCUAAUUUUGACGCGCCAAUAUUUCAUAGCUUUGAAGCUGUCUUACCAAGACCAAAGGCAAAUCCUUACUAUAACUUCGAAGAAGUGAUCGAUUCCGAUGAAGAACUGGACUUAGCAUCUAUGGUUACGUCCUCUUGAAAGACAGCUCCCUUUGCUAAAGAACAUCGGGUCUUAUGUUGCAGGUUAGUUGUCUUUUAAUCAUUUUGUUGCGAGUUUGUUUUAUAUAUAAGCAGCAAAUCUGCAGACGCCCGUAUGUCUUCUUAAAUCUUUGGGUUGAGAAAAUGCCAUUAUUUGUCUACUAUUUGAAUAUUUUGAUGCUGAGAAGUGAGAUGUAAAAGUAAUUUCAAGUUUUUGGAGCAAGAAUUUCCUAACUCUCCAAGCCAUUAUUGGUUUAUUAUUUUGAGGUGUUUCUUUUGAAUUGUUGUAUACUUUAUUUGAAUUAGAAGUAAAUAAAGUGUUACGAGACAAUCUUAACAUACUUUCUGUUUUACGAGUUAGAGUGAUAACUUUGCUAUCUAUUCUUUCUCUAACCCGUUGAAUGUAUCAUGUUCAAUCAGAUUCAAAGGGACAAAACAUGGUUUUGGAUAGGCCUGAUUGAUAGAUUUGGUUGGGCUGGGUCCGUGUUUAAGUUUAUAUUUCAGAUGCCCUUUGAUCUGAAUCUAAGAAAAUUUGAAAAAAAUAAGACUAAUCAACAAAAGUAGUCAAAAAUCAAGCUUUGGGCAAACUUUAAUCCCAAAAUAAGUGUGUUUGCCUUCAAAGUUAGAUUUGGUAUAUACUCUUUAUUAACAGCGAACAAUGUAUCUGCUAAUGUUUAUGUCAAGGGUUUGUUUGCUGUGAGUAACAGUGAACAAAGACUUUGGUAAAAAAUGGUCAACAUAUUUGUUCAUUGUUAGUAACAGCAAAGAAAAGCAUACCUGGUCAAACUAGGUUAAGUUUUUGUUCGCUGUUAGUAACAGAGAACAAAGGUUUGACCUGCUUUGACCAGUUUUUUAAGUUCGCCAUUAAUAACAGCGAAUAUAUAUCAAACUUAGCUUUGGAGGCAAACACGCUUAUUUUGGGAUUAAAGUUUGCCCAAAACUUAAUUUUUGACUAUUUUUGUUAAAUACUCUUUAUUUUUUUCAAAUUUUUUGAAUCUAAUAGGGUUGAAAAUCACAACGUUUGACCUGAUCUAGGUCAACUUGAUUUGAAGACAAAUUAAGACAUUGAAAAAGGUUUUUGAACUGUUUAUGUUGAAUCAUAAACCCAAUAAUGAUUUGUUUAGUAGCAAUAUAUACAAAUCACACUUUAUCAUCAUCAUGCUAAGUGUAUCCCGCUCAUAGGAAAACUAUAAUCAUGGUUUAGAGAGGGAAAAAAGGCGACAACUUAUACCUACAAACUACAGUUUAUAUUUUAGCAAAUUACAAAUAUUUAGCAAAUCAAAUUUAAUGUAGAACUCACAUCAAGCUUGUUAAAUGUUCGUGGUCUAAAGUGUAACUAACAAUUUAGCAUUUGGAAACUAAAUGUUUAGUUGAUAUCACAUGUGAGCACUUGAGCAUUACAAAUUAAUGAGAGGGAUGGGAGAAAAUAAUCUUAGACGCAAAUGGUUAGAACGUAGUCACUCAAAUAUUCUAGUCUCUUGAGACAAAGGGACGAGAGAUAAGGGAAGGCGAGGAGAAGAAAUAAGGAAAAUUUUCGUGUUUGUUUAGGAUGGAAAGGAAAGUAUAUGAAGAGAAUUAUCUUUUCAACUAGUCUGUUGAGAGAUCGUCUUUUUGCGGAACACGUCUUAAGCCCAACCCAUUAAAAAUUGAUGCCUACUUAUCGUAUUCUUGAUGCCUAUUUAUAUUAUCCUUAAAGCUUACUUACCGUAUUUUUAAUGCAUACUUUCAAUAUUUUAAAUGUCUACCUAUAAUAUUCUUAAUGCCUACUUACAGUAUUUUAAAAAAUAUAUAAUGUGUCGGGGCAAUUAGAGAUGGUCUCUCAAAUAGACCGUCUUUCACAAGAAUUUGUGUCAUCUUCCCUUCAAAUUUUUCCACAUUUGGGAGAGAUUUGCUUAUCAACAAAAUUAAGGGACUUAACCUCUUCAAAUCUCUUUCUUCAAAAUGCAUUCUUACUAAAAUUGAUAACCAAACAAAAAACACUAUAAUCCUCUAAAUUCAUUCU